AUGGCCCAGAAGAAACUACUCUCCAUUCUUGUUCUCCUUUUGCUUGUUUUCGUCUUGGAAAUUCAAUGCGUUGUUGGAAGGCAUUUGAUAUUUGACCGAAACCACAGUUCCCGAAAGGUCCAACCUUACGGUAAAAACCUAGCACGGAUAAUUCCUGAUCCAAAAAUUAAUGGUGUUAACAUUAAAGCAGCUGUUGCGAACACGCAGUCCCCACCUUCACCACCAAGUGUGGUUACAGGAGAAACCCAAGCCCCGCCACCCAAAAAUGUACACGACUUCAGGCCCAAAACUCCUGGACACAGUCCUGGCGUCGGCGAUUCCCUUCAAAACUAG